UGGUGUGCAUGUGUUUGGAAAAUCCUACAGGGACCAUGUGGAAGAUAGGGGUGAAGACAUAGAGAUGCCCCAGGUUUCUGGCUUAGGUGAUGAUAGUUCAGCUCAUGGGAAGGAAAAGAAGACUGGGGGAAGGUUGCUUAAGAACUUGAAGUGCCUUCGUGACCCCUUGGGUGGAGAAGUCCAGCAGGCAGUUGGCCACAGGGGCUAGAGCAGAGGAGAUAGGUUUGGGCUGGAUAUAAGAAUUUGGGAGCCAGUGUAGAAGUGUAGAAGUGGCUGUGGAAGCCAUAGCUAUAAGUAAGCUCACCCAGGCCAGGAAGAAAUAAAAUAAGAAGAGAGAGAGCUAAAGAAGGAACCAUGGGAAAUAUCAUCAACAUUUCAGGAUGGAGGAAGCAGAAUCCUCAGAGGAGACAGAUAAAUAGGAGGAGAACUCAGAACUUGAGGUGGGGAACUAAGGGAGACGUGGUCAGCAGCCUUUAUUCCUCCUUUUCCAUCAUCAUCUCCACACCACACAUCGCCACCACCCCAACAUAGUCUAGUCAUUCUUUCCUUUGUUCCUUUGUCUCUCGUUCUUCCUUCUGCCUGGAACUGUUUUGUCAUUCAUUUAUUCAUCCAUUCAACAACUGUUUAUUAAUACUAAACUCCCACUACUUGGCAUGCACUAUUGUAAGUGUUGAGAACAAAGCACUUACAGUGAACAGAGCGGCAAAAGUCCCUGUUCUUAAAGUGCCUUACAUCACAGUAGGGAAAAUAAAGCAUAGGGUGUGUUAGACGAUGGUAACUGCUGUGGGGAAAAUAGAGCAGGGCCAAAGUGAUCAGGUGUGCUGGGGGUGAGGGUGAAGGAUUGUAAGUUUGUUUUUUCUUUUUUUCCAAAGCUAGCCCCAGUUGGAUGGAUUGCAAGUUUAUAGUUGUGGGUAGAAUAGACCUCACAUGAGAAGGUGACUUCUGAGCAAAGAUUCCAGGGAGAUGAGAGAGUGAACCUUGCAGUUAUCUGCUGGAAGAGCAGCCCAGCCAGAGCAAUCUUCCAAUACAAAGGCCCUGGAAGAUAUUGGAGAUAGGAUCAGAGAGAUAAUAAGGGGCCACAGUUGUUUAAAAGGCCACUUACAGGCCACUGUAAAGCUUGGCUUUUACUCAGAUGAAAUAGCUACAGGAGGAUAUUGAGCAGAGGGUAACAUAACUGGUUUCAUUUUAAAAGGAUUACUCUGGCUGCCAUGUUGAAAAUGAACUAUAGAGGGUAAGUUAGAAGACCAGUUAGGAAGCUUUACUAAUAACCCAGUCAAGAAAUGAUAGUGGAUAGAGACAGAAAGAAGAUUUGUGGUUUUUUAGGUCUGGAGUCAGGAAGGUGGAGUGACCUUUAAAUGGGGUAUACAGUUUCUUUUUCAGGUGAUAAAAUAUCCUAUAAUUAAAUAGUGGCUAUAGUUGCUCAACUCUGGUAAUAUACUAAGCACUGAUGAAUUGAACACUUUAAAAGGGUGAAUUUUAUGUAUUGUGAAUUACACGUCAACAUAAAGCUGUUUAAGAAAACUCCCACAAAAAGAUGGUGGUAGUUGGGUCAGGGUGGUAGCAGUGGAGGUGGGGGAAAUGGUCAAAUGAUGUGCAUUUUAUGAAGGCAGAGUUCAUAGGAACUUGUACGUAUCAAGUGUGUAACAUAAGAGAAAGGGAGGCUCAAGGACGACUCAGUGGUUUGGGGCCUGAGUCAUGAUAUUUGAUGAGAUCACUAAGGGUGUGAGUGUAGAUACAUUUCCCCUGUGGUUUAAACUUAAUCAUUUGUCUUAAGAUAUGUCAUUUUGUAACUCGGACAUCUACGAUACGUACGUAUGCCCUGAAAAUUCAAAGCAGAAGAUAAAAUCAUACAGAAAUCCAGAAAUUUCCUCAGUUCGUCUUGACAGAUGCUUGUAGUUUUUAGCAUCCGAAACUGUUGAGGUCAGCUAAAAUAAAGUUCUAGUUGUAGAAGAAAGCAAGGCAAUCCACUUGUACCUGAAUGCAUAUUCUGCCAGCCGCAUGUUGUAACAUUUUACUGUAGCCCAGACUAACCGACGCUAUCUGCUUCUGUAAACAGCUUGCUUUGAGAUCUUUCUCGGCGCAGGGGCUCAAGGCUGGCCCGGGCUCCUGCCAUCUGGAGAGAACAUGAUAAAAUGUAGAAAACGAUACUCUCACUUAUGUGCCUGUAGUUACCUCGGCCCUGACUCCAUUAUGUGCCUCCAGUCACGUGGCCCCCAACCCAAAAUAGUAUGAAAGCUUUGUGCCAUCAUGGCUCGGGGCUGUUCUCUGUGAUUGCGUCUGGCAAGACAGGAACAGUUGCUGGCCAGCUAAUAAAGGCUCACAAAUUCAAUUUAAUUCAGACUCGGUGGUCUUUUCUCGCACUCGGCACCAUAACAAAAACCUUUCCCCUACACAUUGCACAGGUGCCUUUUUUUUUUUGUAGCUACAGCCCUAGAAGUAGUGAGAACCUGGCUGGUACACAGGACUUCAACAAAUUCUGUGAGUAGAGAACUUAUUCUUUCAUAUAGAUCAAAUCUUGCUUUUUAAAACAAAAAAAAUUGGAGAGGGCAAGAGAGCCAGGGCGAGGCUGAGGGAGUGAAGGAACGAGGCUUAGAGGGCACCAGGGCAAGGCUGAAGGGGUAACAAAAAUAAAAAUAAAAAAAAAAUUAUAUACUUUUAUUUUCAUUCAGUUUUGUUCCUCCACUUUCUAUGGCAUUCCUUGCACCAUGUAUCUGGAAUAACAGAACAAAGUUUCUUUUUAGCAGCAGAAGCAGCAGCAGCUUGAAAACAUCAAUACUACAAUCACUAAAGGGUUCCACUUCCAGCCCCUAAGACUUCCAUUCCCGCCCAUCCUAACCCUGGAAAGAGGCUAGAGGAAUAAAUGUGAGCUGGCCAGAGUACAGUGGCGUCAUCACAGCUCACUGGAUAUAUGUUUUUCAACGUCGGAGGACUGAGCCUGGGACACUGCCACGUUAAGGAAUCAGCAAAGGAGCCUAAGAAGGAAUGGCCUGUGCAGGAGGUGGGAGAGAAGAGAAGAAGGACCUGGAAGCCAGGUGAAGAAAUUGAUUCCAAGCGAGAGAGCCAUGUGGCCCUGAGGAGACUGGUCACCCCACACUCCUUUUGGAGGGGCCCACAAAUGUCUGCCUGCUCCAGCCAGGGACUCGGGAGACUCAGAAACAGAGCUUCACCUUUGACAGAGUCCUGGGCCCUGACGCUGCUCAGGAGGCAGAGCAGGAGCUGCUGGCACGUGUCCAGUCUGCACUGGGCUCUGUGGGCCGAGGGUACAGUGUGGCCCUGUUGCUCCGAGGAAGGGAAACGGAGACGCCCCGACGGGUACCUCAGCUGCUGCAGGCGCUGUUUGAGGAAGCGCUGCCCCUCGGCCGCUCUGAUCACGUGCUUAGUACUCUUAGCCUGGUGCAGCUCGGCCGCAGUGGACGGACCCAGGACCUGCUCUCUCCAGGGGUGGAGAACCUGUCGGUGCUGGAUGUGCCCCCUCUGGGUUUGGUGGUGGAAGAUGCCAGUGAAGUGGAGGUGUCUGACUCAAGAGCUGCCUCAGAGCUGUACUUGCAGGCCACCAGGGGUGAUGGCAGCCUUAGCCCACCCUCUCCUUCACAGGGCCUGCUGUCUGCUCACUCUCACCAUGACCUGCCCAAGGCCCGACCCUCCUCAGGGGCCUGAGGUCCGGGGCGUCUGGCGAGGGGCCUUGCGGAUCCUGCAGCUCCCAGGAGCCCCAGACUGCCCCCUGCUGCGGGUGCUGGCUGGUGAGGCUGCUGGCAAGGAGGUAGAGGGCUCUCUGCCCUGGAUUAUCUCAUGGCUCCUGGAAGGAAACAACUACAGUGGCUUGCUUCUUCACCUGGACCCCCAAGGUAUCUCCUUGAGUUUGCUCCAGGCUGCUCUGUUGGGGGCCUCAGGAAGGAGGAUGGAGGUUAAACAGGUGAGGCCCACCCUGUGGGAUGCAGUAGAAGAGGCUCGGGCCUGCCGGGCUGGCCUGAGGACCCUACGUUUAAGCCUCCUUGGGGACAACCUGACGGACAAUGGUUUAAGCAGGCUGGGCAGGGCACUGAGGGAGCUACAGGUGGUAAAAGCAUGGAGCCAGUGCCCAAGAAGCCAGGUGCUAAAAGGGGCCAGAGAUGAGGGGCUGCCAGAACCACAGCAGGUGACAGAUUCAGCAGCAAGCCAUAGCUCAGGCCUCCAGGGGGAGCUCCAAGUGGCAGGAAGAACAGCAUCACUAAGACCUGGGCUCCACCAAAAGAAUACUCACAGGGAUUCUGAGGAACAGGCUCAGCAGGUCCCAGAUAUGGCCCUGCAGUUCUUCCUGGCCCAAGCCCGGAGGCAGAGACUUCGAGAGCAGCACAAAAUUUGGAUCGGAGAGAAGCUCAAGCAUUUGGAACAGGAGGAGGAGGUGGCAGGUGACCAGGUCAAAGGCUUGGAGGAGGCCUGUGAGGAAAGGCAGAGAUGGCACCAGGAGCAGACAGUGCUGAGACUCCAGCUGGAGGCCCUUGAGGCACAGCGGGACGCUGCAGAGCAGGACCUGGCUGUCCUCUAUGACCUGCAUGUGCAGGCCACCCGAGCUCGGACAUGCCACAUGCUGCAGGUAUUCCGAGCCUGGCAGAGGCUGUGGAAGGAGCAGGCCAUGACCACAGAGCAUCAGCACCGUAGCCUGCUGGCUGGCAUCCUGCAAGACACCAUCAACCUGGCCACACAGAAUCAGGAGCUCCAAGCCCAGAACCAGCAGCUUCGGCAGGGUGCAGAUUAGGCCAGGGCAGUCUUGCUGGACCCCUGCCCUAGGGAGAAAUCUGGUGAUCAGGAAGCCUUCAGGGGAAGUUUCCUCUCUCCUCAUUCUUGAGGGUCCUAGAAAGGAGAGGGAGGCACACAACAACCAAGCUGAUCCU